CCUGGUAACAGUCAGAAAACUCAGCUAGACAUCCACCAGACUUCAUACAACUUAAUCUUCUAUAUUGUGAUUACCACAGAAGCCAAGGUUACCUAAAAGGAAGACAGUUGUUCACAUUUGGCUGCCAACUAUCUUUCUUUUGACCACUUAAAACUUCAGUCUUCCUGCCUUCCUGGCAUCAUGGAAAAAGUUCAAUACCUUACUCGCUCUGCUAUUAGAAGAGCUUCAACUAUUGAAAUGCCUCAACAAGCACGUCAAAAUCUCCAGAACCUAUUUAUCAAUUUCUGUCUCAUCUUGAUAUGUCUCUUGUUGAUCUGCAUCAUUGUGAUGCUUCUAUGAAGUUCUGCAGCCAUCUCCAGAUCUGCAACAUGCCAACUUACCUUAAAAUCUAGCAACCCAUGAAGAGAACACAAUACAGCCUACUUCCUGCGCAGAAUGUCUUUGUAAAAAGUCAAGAUUAAGAGCAAAACAAAUUGUUAGCAAAUAUAUUCAUCUGCUGGAUCUUGUAAACAAACUCUACAGUGACUAAGUGUGCACAAUGUAGCUGCUAAUUUCCUUAAAAUGGCUCAUAAAUUUCUUUCUUAAAUAUUUUUGAGGAUGAAAUGCAAGUUUUAAUUUUGAAACACUGCUAAAAAGUUCACUUUCUACAUACAGCAUUAGCUUUACUGUUAAAAAGUUCACUUUAAUACCCUCAACCUUUGACUUCAAAAUAAUUCAUACUGCACUGCCAACACUUUGAUAGUAACUAUUUUUCAGGUCUGCACCAAGUACAAUAACAGUAAUUUAAAAGAACUGUCCUUAUUCAAAGCAUCCCACUGAGACCUUACAUGUAUCACUACUACUACUACUACUACUACUACUACUACUACUACUACUACUACUGCUACUACUACUACUGCUACUACUACUACUGCACAGAAAGAUGUCUUGGAGUUACUCUGUCAGAACAAACAUACUGGAUGAAAAAUUAUGUUUUUUCUAUAUCAUAUUAAAAUUUUAAGCUUAUGAAAAUCAAAUAGGGAAAAGAUCAUAUUCUUCAACAAAUAAAAUUCCUCCUAAUUUUUCUCAAGGAUUGUGGAAUUCUAUCUAAUACAUGUAAAUUAAUCAUCAAUCUACCUUUGAGAGCACUGUGAUCAACGAGUAAGAACAUCUUACUGUGUAACUGUCAUAACUGUCAAUACUAAUAAAAAGAAUCUAAUCUUAA